AACUACUGAUAACACCAGUACAAAGAAUACCAAGGAUCAUAUUAUUACUACAAGAUUUAUUAAAGCGUACUGAUACUGGCCACAUUGAUUACAAGCAGUUGGAGGAAUCAGUUGAAAAACUUAAGAAUGUAAUGGAACACAUAAAUGAAGACAAGAGGAAGACAGAGAAGCAGAUGCACAUGUUUGAACUUAUACGUGACAUUGAGGACGUCCUAGCGACGGUCCUUUCAUCUCAUCGUUGGUUUAUUUCAAGACAUGAUGUGUUGGAGUUAAAUAUUAGCAAUAAUGGAAAGACUAAUAAACCAUUGUCUAUAGCAUUGUUCCUCUUCUCUGACAGCAUUGAGAUUGCUAAGAUAAGAAGUGGUCAUGGUUUUGUUGCUAUGAAGGACUCAUACAAACGAUACAGACACUUGGAGUUUCUCACAUAUUCUAAUAUUAGAUCAGUCAUUGAUUUCACUGACAGUGAAGAUGUUGUUAAUGGUUUUGGUCUGUUAGUCCAUUGGUCUGAUGAUCCUCAGGAGAGAUUAUUAACUUUUAAAAAUAACGGAGACUCAUCAAUUAAAACAGAACUAAUUAAUAAAAUAUCUCAAAUGAUGUGUACCAGUAACUGUGCCCCAUCUCCAGUGAGUGUAGGGACAUUAUUAAGAUUAAAGCACGGGCUAUAGUACAGGGGG